GAGACCUGUAUCCGGUGCAGUCAUCGAAACGCCGUAAACGCUCCCUUUCGCCAGUUACUGAUUAUGAGAGCGACUUUGACGUGCAGUUUAUUGUUGAAACGCCAUCCAGGAAUGACGAUAGUAGAGGACGUGUUUCUGAAACAAUGGCUGUACCGGCUCCAACAUUUACAGCAUCGGUUAGCUAUGAUGGUAUGGAUGACUGGGAUUCAGCACAAGAGGAAUCUGUUGAAUCGCUGUCUGAUUACCAAGAUAUUGAAGACUUCGAUUCUGAUGAAGGAGGCUGCCCGCGCGUGAGGAGUCGUCCAGGCGCAGACGACUAUCGCCCGUCGUCCUCAAGUCUGGGAGUUUAUUUCAGCCCUGCCUCGUUCUCCAGUGAUGACUAUGAUGAGGAUGAGAUGUACACGGAGGCCGAAGAAGAGGAAUAUACGGGAGAAGACGAGGAAGUUGAGUAUGAGGAGGAGGAACUGGAAUGCAUGGAAGGAGAGGAGAAUGAACUCUGUGAUGAUGACAAGGUGCCCACUGCUGAAGAUGCUUCUCCUUCCGAACAGCAUUUGUGUUCCUCUGCUGAAACUCAGCCAUCACCAAUUCCACAAAUAAUGGUUGCGUCGGUGCUGGAGGAAGAAGUCAGCGCUGAUGAAAUUUGC